AUGGAAAAACUCAAAGCUGUCCUAAGUUCGGCUUUGGCAGCGUGCCAGAUCCCAGCUAGGCUAUCGAAGGCUUCGAUGGGGGAGGUCCAACGACAACAACAAGAGCAUAACGGCUCAUACCAGGCCGACUCAAAGCUCAUGAACCUCCCGCUAGAACUUCUCGACCUCAUUUACGCGCAGCUUGAACCCAGUGGUAAGAUUGCGUGCUCUCUUGCCUGCAUAGGUCUUUACGAUAACUACUUCGAAUCCGCGUGGGACGCCCGAGCAUAUUCAAGCCCGACUGCGAAGCGCGACGUGAUCUCCGUCUUGGAGAAAGACGUGGCCCAUCACGAAUUCUUCUGCCCAUUCUGCGAUCGGUUUCGGGGGUUUCGACCACGAGGGAAGGCGAAGCCGCGGCAGAAGGUAGUAUGCUGUCCCAGCCCAAGACUGGCAAUGAACUCCUACCAGGGCCCCGAGAUCAGCUUUCCUCUCGGGCGUCUGGUGCUGAACCGCCACCUUUACGGGGCGGACUGCGGCUUGCCCCUGGGCUGCCUGGAGAUCGAUGACCUUCCCAUCCGAGUUACGGGUACAGGCGGGAUUCCCUUGACUUGGAGACAGACUUGGCGGGCCAGGAUCAUAGAAAACGAGCUAUUCCUUCGCUGCACCCACCUUCUCACGCAGGAGGAGAACAUGACCGCCGAGGCUUUGAGAGCCGCCGUCGAAGGAGGGUCAUCCUACUUCUUUUGCACACACCGGUGGACAUCUAGGACGAGCGACAACCCAAUGUUUUAUCGGGGAAAGAUACCACUCCAUGGGCGAAUAUCAGAGGGGCAGCUUACGGCCUGCCAGAAAGCCGCGUCUUGGUGCUCCAAGUGCCUGACUGACUUGAACACAACCAUCGAAUGGCGGCCGUGCCUCGAGGCAGACGCCGGCGGAAAGGUCGGGGUGAGCGGCAGUGGGAAAGGCAGGUGGACCAUCCGGGUCGAAUCGUAUCACCAGCUAGGAAGCUUCAGACGCGCAGUCGACUGGAAGUACCAAGCGGCUUGCUCAACGACACCAUGGUACACUGCUAAUGAGCUGUUUAUGUCUGCGCAGUAUGCGCAAGGUUUGGACCAAAAUCCCCCGGGGUCGGUGAUGAUGUCCUGGCAGUCGGGGACAUUGGAAUUUCCGCGACAUUCGGCGCUGAUCGCCCGUGAGAACUACACAUGCGGUCCAUUCCUCAACGAUGACACGAGCACCGCAAUGGCAGCUGUCCAGAACAACUUGCCGUCUCGCACAAGAUCAGCGCGUAUCGCCGGCCUAAACUCGACCAGGACCCUGACAUCUGCCGCCGCCGCCGCAGCGCCGUCGAGACACCACGCGACACUCCCAUCUUCGACUUCCAAUGUGUCGCUAUUUCUCACGAACCUGCACCUACUGGACUUGGAUCUCCUCCCCGACUGGCCUGGUCUCAACCCCUCGACUUUCACCAACAAGGAUGCCUCCCAGGGCCAGAAGAAGAGGGUUCAGUGCGUUGAGUGGGCACUGUACCAGCUCUUCAAGCUGUGGGACCCAGAGGAGGCGCGUAAUAAGCUACAGCCCUUCUUCCCACCCCUCGAGCAAGUCCAGUCCGUAAAUCUACGAGCUGCCCUCCUACGCUGCCUCGAGCAGGCCAAAAAGAAUGGCGUAUUGGGAAGAGACAUAGUGCUGCGGAAGACGAUGCUGGACGAGUGUAAGGGCGAACGAAUGGAGGAGGUGCUGGCAGUGUUCUCUUCGGCGGUCUUGAAGAAGGUCAUCACCGAGGAGCAGCUGAAUAGCAAAGCACAUUCAGCUAUUGCCCAGACACUGGCUUUGGAGAAUCGCGGCUAUACCGGGGAGAGGGUUGACCUGAGCAGCCUGAUAAUUGCCCAUAAGGUGUCUCUCAGGAAGAAGCUGGAUCAGAAGGGGGCAUUCAGAGCACAAUACAACGACUUUGCGAAGCUUUUGGACUCCAAAGAACACGGCAUAAGCCGGAGACGGGAGCAGACCAAGAGUGUGGCACUCCAGAGCAAGAUCCCAAGACUUUCAGACGCCUCCAAACAAGAUCUUCGACGCGCGGUCCGAAACAACUGGUCGGGCAACGAGCGAUGGAUUGAGACCUUGCUAUAUGGAGACGCAAAGUCACAGAAAGACGGUGUGCUAACCGCGCCGUUCGACCGUGUCUGGCGCCGUGUGCGGUCAAAUCGCCUGGAUGAACUGGAAGACACCAGCGGGGGCCUGCUUGAGCAGCUUGGGAGUCGCGUUCGUACUCAGCAGGCGAGGCUUGACAAGUGGCAGAGCUUCAGGAACGAGAUGUUCAGCGACGUCGUGGAUCAGCCUCAACAGAAGGGAACGGCUCGUGUUGGUCGGCAGAAGGGUAUUGACUUAGGGUUUGGAGCCCACGAGGGGCUGCACUUGGGACGAAUGAGCCCAAGGAAAUUAACGUCGUCCAAGACUUCACAUCUUAACGAGGAGUAUAGGGCCCUGAUUGAUGGUCUGCAGACGGAGCUGCAGAGCCUGAGCCAAAACCAGGCCGCCCCUUUCUUUGGCCAGCUCAAGGGGCGCGAGCAGCCACUGAAAUCCUCCGUACAGAGCAGCUCCAGUGAGAAGCCGGUUGAUGAGCCAGUCUCUGAGCUUAGCGAGCUUGAAGAGGAGCUGGCGAAGACGUCUCUUCCACUGCGCAGCAAACCUUCGGAGCAUUUGUCUCGACUUGAUGCCGACCAAGCCAUGGAAUCGAUCAUCGCCCCUAAGCCAUCACAGAGAGCACCACGGGCUCGCUUACCACAACCGCUGAAGACAAUGCAUGCCUUCAGGCCGACAAAUGUUCCAACUGAAAUCUCCCCGACAGAUACCUCAAUACCUACAUCGCGUUCCGACAGCAAGACAGCAUCUCCCCAACGGUCACCGGCCCGAGAACACAAAGAUCUAUCCCGUUCUCCCACUCGCUUUCACAGACAUUCUCCGUCUCCUUCGCCGUCUCGGUCGCAUGCUCGAGGCUCGCGGGAUAUGACACAGUCACCCGAGGAGAUGCCCCCAUCUCCAACCCAGCAGCAAGCGGACCAAAUUUUGGCGUCCAUGAACGCGGCGUCACCCUCACCGGUCAAGCAGCCGCGCCCGCGGCAUACCCUAUCCCUCGCAGAGCGAACCCGUCUCUCUAUGGCUCGCGGCUCAAGCGCCGAUUUGGACGACGAAGACGAGGUCGCGCUGAGCUCGCCGUCGCGACACCGCCGACGAAACACAUCAUCACGGUCACCAACCAAGAGCAGCAAGCCCGCAACCCCCACCACCAUCAAAGAAAACCACUCAGCAGGCGACGAAGCAGACGCCGAGCAGGGCAAGGAGGACGACAUCGUAGCGCGCACGCGCAAGUCGAUGGCCAACUUCGAGGCGACGCAGCAGCGCGUGCGGCUGGAGCGGCAGCGGUCAGCAAAACGCGAGGCGCGCAAGCAGACGCUGUCCAACAAGAGCGGCGAGAUCGCGCGCCAGCCCUACUUCCCGCCGGACACGGUGGACGAGGAGGCCGCGGGGGCCGGCGGCGACGACUCGACGGCCAUGCUGGAGGAGUUGAUCGCCAGGGAGGCGCAGAUGGGCGAGGGCGCCGCGGACUAUGACUCUGUGUUCAAGAGCCGGCCGCGCAUCAAGGCUAGCCCGCCUGGGACGCCGGUUAGGGACCGGUUUGGGUUUGAGUGA